UGGAUGCGACUGGUCCAGGCAUCAGUUCAGUUCCAGCUUCUGUUACAGUAUCUUCCAAGAUGAAAUUCCUAUCGCUUGCUCUUGUGCUCGGCCUCUUGGCUCUGGCUAAUGCUACCCCUCUGAAUCCGGGAAAUGUCAUAAUCAACGGAGAUUGCCGCGUUUGCAAUGUGCGUGGCGGAAAAUGAGCCUGGCAUACAC